AUGGCCUCGGGGCUAGUGUGUUCGUGUGGGCGAGGGUUAUGUUCAGUUAUGUUGGUGGUGCCUGUGUGAAGUGAGCGUAAUUUUUCAGAGGCACUUGGCAGAGGGCGACUGUGGGGGAGCCUCCUUUUUGAUUGGGAAUGGGAACUUCGGAGUUUUGAGGACCUUCAGCGAGUUUUGGGGACACAGUUGGGGGUCGGAUUGAGUGGGAAUAGUUCGGGCUUUCGACAUCAACGGAAUGGAAACUUACGCUUUGAAUAAUUUCUCAUCAUACCAGUCCGUCUGGAGUGGUCAACCUCGCUGCCAAACUGCUGGAGUAAGCGGUGACAAUGAGAAGCCCAGCGAAAUGCCAGAGUUGCAGUUGAACGCGAAGCCCAACUGUCUUCCUAGGCGCCCAAGAACCCACGAGGCGGCCAAUUAAUUCGGCCAACGGAAUUUUUCGAACGUUGGAUUCAUCGGCCUCGGAAACAUGGGCAAUAGCAUGGCCAAAAAUAUUAUGAAAAAGGGUUUCAAGUUAAACGUUUUCGAUAUCAAUUCAUCGGCGGUAACGAAUGUCGUUGAAGCUGGGGCUACUGCCGCUCCGAAUGUUGCGGAAGUUGCAAAAAAUUCUGAGGUUGUCAUUACUAUGCUACCUGCGAACGAUCACGUGUGGAAUUGUUACACAGGAGAAAACGGCCUUUUAAGUGCCGUGAAGAAGGAUACCCUCUUAAUUGACAGUAGUACAAUUGAUCCUCUAGUAUCUCAAAAUAUUUCCGUAGAGACCUUGAAGAAGGGAGCGAAGUUUCUGGACGGUCCAGUGUCAGGAGGUGUUGUUGGCGCACGUGAUGCUACCUUGACCUUCAUGGUGGGUGGCGAGAAACAACAGUAUGAGAGAGCUAAGCCCCUGCUGGAAGCUAUGGGAAAUCGAGUGGUCCAUUGUGGCGAUGUCGGCAUGGGACAGGUCGCUAAAUUAUGUAAUAACAUGUUGUUAGCUAUUAGCAUGAUCGGCGUGUCGGAAGCUGUCAACCUUGCCGAUCGAUUAGGAUUAGAUCCAAAAGUCAUGACCAGUAUCAUCAACACAAGUACCGGCCGCUGUUGGUCGUCAGAAAUCUACCCACCCGUCCCUGGAAUAAUUAAUACUGUUCCCAGCUCGAAUGACUACAAGGGAGGCUUCAUGACCUCAUUGAUAACGAAAGAUCUCGGCCUCGCCCAGGCCGCAGCGACUCGAAGCAACGCAGUCAUUCCCCUCGGUUCUCUCGCUCAUCAAGUUUACAGAACGCUCAUGGUUCACGGAUUCCAUGAUAAGGAUUUCAGCUUCAUUUAUCAAUAUCUCAAGGGCAAUAAGUGAAUGGGCAAAGAUGCUCAAAGUUCAUUAAAGAACGUAUAUUUUUAUAUAAUUUUCUCGUGAAAUAAAUUUUUUAUGAAUUAAUGAGUGAGAUUUAUUGAGUUAAGAAUACAGAAUGGGAAGAGUUUCUGUAGGAAUUGCAAUGAAUUUAAAUAAAAUGCACUAAAAUUUA